CAAGCCGACGGCCCAUAUGCCCAAGGCGGCGUACGUGUGCACGCGCCCGCGCCGCUUCCCCGCGCCAUGCGGGCGCCCCGCCGAGGUAGCCGGGCCGGCCGGCACGUACGUGCCACUUUUACCAAGAGGGCCCCCGCGCGCGCGUGCCUCCUCCCCCUGCUCUCUCUCUCUCUCUCUCUCUCCUCCCUUCCGUCGCGCGCUAAACUUGGGACGCCGGGGUUGGCUGGUCGGUCAUCGUCGCCCGUGCGCGCGGCGCUGCGGAGGCGGGCCGGCAUGGGGUCCGGGACGUGGCGCAAGGCCUACGGCGCGCUCAAGGACUCCACCAAGGUCGGCCUCGCCAACUUCAACAGCGAGUACAAGGAUUUGGAUAUUGCCAUUGUGAAGGCGACGAACCACGUCGAGUGCCCGCCCAAGGAGCGGCACCUCAGGAGGAUUCUCUUUGCGACCUCCGCAAAUUGCCCGCGAGCCGAUGUCGCCUACUCGAUAUGCACAUUGGCGAGAAGAUUGUCCAAGACCAAGAACUGGAUAGUAGCAUUGAAGACAUUGAUAGUGAUACACAGACUACUUAGAGAAGGGGAUGGCACAUUCAGAGAUGACUUCCUGACCUAUUCAUACAGAGGAAACAUUUUGCAGAUCCCACAAUUCCAGGAUGACUCCAGCCCAUUAGCUUGGGACUGCUCCGCUUGGGUUCGCACGUACGCGCUCUAUCUUGAUGAACGGGUAGAGUGCUUCAGGGUUCUGAAGUAUGAUGUUGAAGCCGACCGUCUGUUGAAAUUACCCCAGGCUUCUGGCAAGGCACACAGUAGAACAAGAACGUUGCCACGCGCGGAUCUUUUAGAUCAGUUGCCUGCGUUGCAGAAACUGCUUCUUAGGCUUAUUAGCUGCCAGCCUGACGGUGCAGCCUGUACAAAUUACCUUGUACAAUAUGCGUUAGCCCUUGUUUUGAAGGAAAGUUUCAAAAUAUACUGUUCAAUCAAUGAUGGCAUCAUCAAUCUUGUUGAUAUGUAUUUUGAGAUGCCAAAAUAUGAUGCAAUCGAAGCCCUUGAUAUUUAUAAACGAGCUGGCCAGCAGGCAGAAAAGCUUUCCACUUUUUACGACCACUGCAAACAUCUUGAGCUAGCCAGGACUUUCCAAUUUCCUACUCUGAGGCAGCCACCUCCUUCAUUCCUUGUGACAAUGGAAGAGUACAUCAGAGAAGCACCCCGUGCCGCCAAUGCGAGUAAGAGUUUGGAAAAUGAGGAGCAGAACCAACCUAGUGAUAAUGAAAAAGAAGAUCCACAGGAAACCGAGAAACCAGUGGAAGAGGAGAAACAAGAGCCUGCAGAGCCUGAAGAAGAGCCACAACCUGCGGUAGAGCCUGCAGAAGAAGCAGUGGAGCCUCAGCCACCAACGACUACUGGGGAUCUUUUAAAUUUGGAUGAAGAAGUAAACCCCAUGAUCGCAGACCUUGAAGAAAGAAAUGCACUGGCUCUUGCUAUUGUGGCACCAGGGAAUGAAAACAAGGCCUCAACAUCUCGAGACUUUUUUGCAGUCGACAAGUCUGGAUGGGAAUUAGCACUGGUCACUGCACCAAGUAACCACUCAAAUCAAUCAGUUGAGAAUAAAUUGGCUGGGGGUUUUGACAAGCUAUUGCUAGACAGUCUUUAUGAAGAUGAGGCAAGGAGGCAGCAAAUAGCCAGUGUGACCUACACGGGUAGUCUUGCAGCGAACCCAUUUGACCCUAACGAUCCAUUUGCCCCGUCCAACAGCUUCGCGCCACCAUCAAAUGUGCAGUUAGCUAUGAUGGAACAGCAGCAGCAUUAUUACCAGGCACAGCAGCAACAGUACUUUCAGGUACAGCAUCAACAGCAAAUGGUGCUGACGCCGCCACAUACAUACCAGCAGCAGUUUCAGUAUUCUGCACCUUCUCAAGCCGGAUUAUCCAAUCCGUUUGGUGAUCCAUUCAGUAGCCUCGUUGCAAUGGCUAAUCCGCCGAAGAAAAGCACUUCAAAUUUAGUCUGAAUUGCACAUUUUAUUUCUAGAUCUCCCUCUGAUUUUGAUCACACACCACAUUUGCAAUUAUGAGGAGCAACUUGUAUAGUUCAACAAUUUUGAAUACUGUAUAUUGAUGAUACACUGUAGCACUUACAUUUGGAAACCAAUAUGAACACUGCAAUGUUAAUAUCAGAAAAUGUAGGAGCAUGU